AUGUUUGUUUCUUCUACACAACACUUGUGUCAUUCCGACCAAAGGGAUGCUCUUCUCGAGUUUAAGACUGAGUUUUCGAUCCAAAAACCUGAUUGGGUUGUUUCAGAUAAGUCCUCUUAUCCGAAGACAGAAUCAUGGGUGAAUAAAAGUGAUUGUUGUUCUUGGGAUGGAAUUACGUGUGCUGCUAAGUCGGGCAAAGUGAUCGGGCUAGACCUUAGUGAUGGCUUCCUCCAUGGCCUACUUAAAUCCAAGAGCAGUCUAUUUAAACUGCGCUAUCUCCGUGAUUUGAACCUUGCUUACAACAAUUUCACCAGUUCGCCAAUCCCAGCUGAAUUUGAUAAACUCAUGGGGCUAGAAAGACUUGACCUAUCUGCCUCUUCACUUUCAGGCCAAAUUCCAAUCAGACUUCUUCAGCUAACCAAGUUGGUGUCUCUUGAUCUUUCUUCUCUCGAUUUUUCUAUGGAUGAAUCUUUUCUUCGUAUACUUGCUCAAAAUUUGAGGAACCUUAGAGAACUAGAUAUGAGUUCCGUAAACAUUUCUUCAGAAAUCCCCCACGAGUUUUCAAAUAUGCUUUCUCUUAGAUCGCUAGAUCUUACCAGCUGCAAACUGCUUGGAGAAUUUCCAAGUAGUGUUUUUUUGAUACCCAGCUUACAGUCCAUUAGAUUAAAUGAAAAUCCAAAUCUGAGAGGCAAUCUUCCUGUUUUUCGUGAAAAUAAUUCUUGGUUGGACCUGACCAUUUCCGAAACAGCCUUUUCAGGUCCCAUACCAGACUCUAUUGGCAGCCUCAUACAUUUGACUUCUUUAACCCUUUCUGAAUCCCAAUUCUCAGGGAUAAUUCCUUUUUCACUUGGGAACCUUUCACACCUCUCUAGUCUUGAUCUUUCUUCAAAUGGUUUUGUUGGUGAAAUCCCAUCUUCAGUUGGCAAUCUGAAACAAUUGAUCGAUUUUGAUGUUAGUAAUAACAAGUUGAAUGGAAACUUGCCAGCUUCAAUACUCAAUUUUACCCAACUACGUGCACUUUAUCUCUCUUCAAAUCAGUUCACAGGUUCCUUUCCACCAAUCAUUAGCCAAAUCUCCAAAUUACAGUCUUUUUUUGCUGAAGAUAAUCCUUUCACGGGAGCCAUUCUUUCAUCCCUAGUCAAGAUUCCCUCAUUGAGCAGCAUUGCCCUGAGUUAUAACCAAUUCGAUGAGUUUACUGGGAUUGGAAAUAUAUCUCUCUUACCCAAUUUACAUUAUUUUUUUAUUCACAACAACAAUUACAACAAAGUUGUCGGUUCAGGAGUUGACUUAAAUGUCUUCUCGCCUCCCAAGCAACUAGGCAGGUUAUAUCUAUGGAAUAUCCCCCUUUCAACAGAAAACAUCACUUCUGAUUCGGAUUUUCUAUCACAUUUGAGUGUCUUGUACUUGGUGGGCUGCAACCUCAGUGAGUUUCCUGAGUUCAUACGAAAAGGAAAAUAUCUAAGUACCAUAAGCCUUUCCAACAACAAAAUCAAAGGUCAGGUACCAGAGUGGUUGUGGAGACUGCCAAAGUUGUACACUGUAGAUCUCUCCAACAAUUAUUUCAGCGGUUUCAAUGGAUCAUUAACAACUUCUCCUAACAUUCAUAUCAGAGAGGUAGAUCUAAGCUCAAAUGCUUUCCAAGGAUCACUCUUCAUCCCACCCUCGAAGUAUCUCAGUUAUUUUUCGAGUUCCAAUAAUAAUUUCACCGGAGAGAUACCUCUAUCAAUAUGUGGACUAAGCUCUCUAGAGGUUCUAGAUCUAUCAAACAACAGCCUCCAUGGCUCAAUUCCUUGGUGUUUGGAGACACUGAUGAGUUCUCUUUCAGAUCUAAAUCUCCAUAAUAAUAGACUCAGCGGAAGCCUUCCUGAGAUAUUUUUGAAUGCCAAGGACUUGACAAUUGACAUUAGUCACAACCGAAUGGAGGGAAAACUGCCUACUUCUCUUACUGGCUGCUCUGCUCUUAAAAUUCUCAAUGUGGGAAGCAACACAAUCAACGACAAGUUUCCCUUUCACUUAAAUUCUCUGCAGAAACUUCAAGUUCUUGUCCUCCGCUCUAACAAGUUUCAUGGCACAUUACAUAAUGCUGACGGGAUUUGGUUUGGAUUUCCUCAUUUGAAAAUCAUUGAUGUAUCACAUAAUGAUUUCUUCGGUACAUUGCCAUCUGAUUACUUCCUUAACUGGACUGUGAUGUCCUCCAAGAGAGAUAAUAAUAUAAAACCAGAGUACAUUCGGAAUCCUAUUCAAUAUAGCUACUACACUUCACUUGUCUUGAUGAGUAAAGGAGUAGAAAUGGAGAUGGAACGUAUCCUUACAAUCUACACAGCCAUCGAUUUUUCAGGAAAUCGACUCCAUGGACCUAUUCCUGAUUCCGUUGGUUUGCUGAAGGAGCUUCGUAUUCUCAACAUGUCAAGCAAUGCUUUCACGGGCCACAUCCCAUCUUCUUUGGCAAACUUGACGAAUCUCGAGUCACUAGACCUAUCCCAAAACAAGAUUUCUGGUCAAAUUCCUCCUGAGCUUGGGACCCUCUCUUCUCUUGCGUGGAUAAACGUUUCACAUAACCAACUUGAAGGUUACAUACCACAAGGCACACAGUUUCAACGACAAAAUUGCUCCUCCUAUGAAGGAAACCCCGCACUUAAUGGCCCUUCCCUUAAGGAUAUUUGUGGAGAUAUCAAAGCGCCAACACCACCACAACCCGAACCCAUGGAAACAAAAGAAGAAGAAGAAGACGAAUCAUUCAGUUGGAUGGCAGCAGGUGUAGGUUUUGCACCUGGAGUUAUGUUUGGCCUGGCGAUGGGAUACAUAGUAGCUUCAUACAAGCAUGAAUGGUUCAUGAAGACUUUUGGCAGAAGCAAGCCACGGAGCACCAGGACUCGUUAG